ACUGGCGUACAGUGGUGCUGAACCAGUAUCGGGCUGUACUAUUCCAAAAGCGCUCUCCCAAACAUCCAGUACUUAACACACAACCCCAACGAAACACAACUUAACACAAACUGCCAAAACAUUUAAAUUAUUACAACAUAAGCUAAAAACUAAUCCACUCAAUCAACAAGUCCAAAACGCAAGUCCGAAAAAGCUUUAUCUAAAAAUAAAUAAUACUUAAGCACUACCAUAAUAACAAUAAUUUAAGUCCAAAGUUUUCAAACUCCGCGUGUGCGAAAUCCAAAACGUGUGUGCGAGACUAAUCAAUCGGAAAAUUAUUAAAUAAUUGUUCGCCCUCGCCGGCGACAAUAUGAACGACUUGCUCUGUUGUGAAUCGUCAUCGGUGGUUGAGAAUAGAGCCUAUGUGGACCCGAUUCUACUUAACGACAAACGAGUGCUGCGCAAUCUGCUCAAGACCGAGGAACGAUAUACUCUGCAAACUGUGAACUUUCUCAAUGCCCAAAAGGAAGUGACUCCGGCGAUGCGUAAGAUCGUCACUGAGUGGAUGAUGGAGGUGUGUGAAGACCAAAAGUGCCAGCAUGAAGUGUUCACGCUGGCGGUGAACCUGAUGGACCGUUUCCUAGCUACGUGCAACAUUCGAAAGAAUCAACUACAACUUCUAGGCACAUGCAGCAUGCUCAUCGCUUCGAAACUCCGAGAACCCAAACCCCUGUUGGCGGAUACAUUAGUUUUCUAUACGGAUAACAGCAUUACACGACAGGAACUCUGGGAUUGGGAAAAAUUGACACUUAGCAAAUUAAAAUGGGACGUUGCCGCCGUAACACCACUAGACUUCCUCAGCCACUUGCUGCGGAGGAUACCCAUCGAAAGCAGUCAAUACCAGCGAGUGAAUAGCCACGCACAAACGCUGAUCUCCUUAUGGGCCAGAGAAUACGAAUUUUCGAGUCAUCCAGCGAGUAUGAUUGCUUGCGCCUGUCUAGCCUCGGCGUUGAUCGGGCUCGGCUGGACGCGGAGCGGAAGGACAGUCGACGGCCUUCUCACACUCCUUCACGACAUCACCUCCAUCGAACAGGAUUAUCUGCGAACAUGCCUGCGAAAAGUCGAGAGCAUGGUGUACGCGAACAAUACCGAACCGAUGGUGGAGGAAGAGGUCCAUCACAGGCCCGAUGAAUUCACGCCGCCGCCCACCACAUCCGACAAGUUUGUCGAACACGAGACGGCCGGCACGCCGACGGAUGUGCGGGACGUGCAUUUCUGAACCAAAUAACCGAACUAGUUAGUUAGGCGUUGUCUUGUUUGUAAUUUUUUUUUGAAGAAUUUUAUUAUAGCUACAUAUUUUAUAUAAUUGUACAUAACGUAGAAGGUACACAUACAUAGGUCUUACGCGCGAAUUGAACAACGCGAUGUGAAUGAUCGGGUGCUUUGUAAAUAACUUAAGAAGUGCGUUGCGAAAACAUUCAAGACACAAACACGACUGUAAAUUGCGUGGCGACGGGGGAAGGCAAUAAAUUACGCUUUAAAUAGGAAAGGAAGCUCCCGCUUAAACAGCUUCCUAAAGUGAAAGUAAUCUGUAAGUGAGCGAAGAAUGCAACACAAGUCAAACGCACACAAACACAAGAGAGAAAUAUUUGUACAUAUGUUCCUUAAUCUGUUGGCAUUACUCGAGGUGUGACUUGGCGUUGCGGGAUUUGCGAGAUGGUUUCACGCAUAGUUUUGUAAGAUUAGGAAAUUAGAGGACCGAUAACGCAUUAUAGUCAUGUACAAAGGCGAAGUUCUGUUCCUAAGCAACAUAUAAAAGCAUACAACGGGAUUGUUCCGAAAUUAAUUUAGGUUAGCACGAAGCUUAGGACAAGAUGGCGGCUAGAAGUGAUCAUCGUCUUGAAUCCACAAACCAAAUUUAUUCUUUGGUCGCGCAUCUUGGGCAAGAAAAUUCCAAAAAAAUCAACAAAAAAAAACUUAAAAACAUAAUUUUAGUAAAGACUGACCAGAUUAUAUUAUAUAAACGUUUAAAUUUAAUGUGUCUUCCAAAAUACAGCACAAAACAAAAAGCAAAAUGAAUUUGAUUUUAUAUAGAACGUAUGUGAUUUAUAUAUUGCAAGUACCUAAUAUGCAUGGGCAUAUGAUAAUUCUAGUGUGCUUAAAAUGUCAUAAUUUUAUUAGUAUUAAUGUUAUUGUGUAUCACAUUUCCAAACGACGACACAACCACACCGAUCACUGCCAUAAUACGAUGAUUUUACAAGUCAUAUCAAGAAAAUUUACCUCAGAGACAAGUUGAUUUUAAAUAUUCAGCGAGAUACAUAUCACUAAAGUUGUAAAAACAAUGUAUAUAAUUAUAUGAACCAUGAAACACAUGUUAUUUUUACAUUUUACAAGUGCCCAAUUGCAAUUGAUUUAUUAGUUUGUAAUGAUUGCGAUCGCUACCUACUUACGAAUAUUUUGUAAGCGAUAUUCCUAUAUUUUUAUAAUGUGAAAACGAAACACUAAAUAAACAUGCAAAUGAAUUCUA